UAUUCUUUGCGACAACUGCUUUCAUUGAAAUAAACAGGGUGAUGGGUGUCAACAAUUUAAAACACGAACAGAAUGUCGGCACGGUGUUGUUCGAUAAAAGCGACGCCGGUAAGCAGUGCUGGACCACGGAGGAAUUUAUUAUGUUAAACAGUAGACGGAUGUUCCAAGAUUUACUACCGAAGGUGAAAACCUUGAACUACGAGGACGAUCGGUACAUUGCUCUGCUGAUGGAUUACUUUCACAUUUGUUUGGAGAGCGUGCGUAAACUGGCGAUCGGAAAAACGAAACACCUGAUGCUGAAAGCUCUGGCGGACACUAUGGGAGGCUACUUGGAAGUUUACAUCCUGCCUCUAACCAGACACUCCUAUUACGCGGGGAACAUAAAAUAUCGUAACGCCCGGAAGCUCAUCGAGCUGCACGAGGAGCUGAAGAUUUUCCUGCGAAGCAACGGGGCUGGUUGGUUGAAACCCUCCAAGGAGAAGACGCAAUCGAAAAUCCCAUCGAUCGUGAUCACACCGCCGAGAUCGGGCGCGGCGUGCGAGGGCCUAAUCACCUACGGAGCUUCAGCGAACAAUAACAAUCGAGAGAUUCACCAUUCCGCGUUCAAGAAGUCGAAGAGACACGCGUCGAAGCAUAAAUCGUCGAAACAUCAGAAGCGAGACAAGCUUACGAAGAGGGAUAAUUCCGUUACCAUUCCUCUUCCAUUUUUGGACGAUGACACGGAACCGAACAGCAUCGCGUUGCCGUUCAAGAAGAACAGUUUGCAGUCCUUGCAUACCGAACAAUCGGCGUUCGUUUUGGUGAAAUAUUACAUAGCCAGCGUGAAGUGCAUAGAAUCGAAGUCGAACUCGGGAACGCAGCUGAAAACGUUCAACCAGGAGCUUUUCAACUGGCUGCAGCAAUCCGUUCAACAUCAUCUCGAUGACGAGAAAUGGUACCCAGGUUUCGGUGGCGUUUUGAGGGUGAUCACCACGCUGGAGGAAUCAGUGGGAACCGGUCUUACGACGUGGAGAAAAAGCGGUGCCUAUCAGACGAUGCCCAAAAUAGGCGGUCAACCGACCGUCGAGUCGGAGGAUGCUCUGUCACCGCUUUACAAAGACGGUGACGCCGGGUUCACGUUGGGCACGACGGAAUUGAUAUCGAUUGCAGUAGUGAGCGCGUUGCUGGUGUGGUUGCUGGUCGGUCUGAGCCUGGUGUGCUAUAGAUUCCUCACGAAACACUCGGACGAGUGCAGUCCCUGCGAGCCGCAGCAACCACCCGUUGCCGUUUUAUACGAGAAUAAGGAAUAUUGUCAGAAUGACAUGUGCACCCCGCAAGCACCCCGUCAAUACAUAGUCAAUAAGUUCAGGGAAUAUUGGAAAAAAAAAUUCAGUAAAUGUCGUGGUAGUUUGAACGAUCCUUUCACCGAUGAAGAACGAUGUUUGGCCGCUAUCAGUUACACUAGCAAAGACACGGUCGAUGUCAGCAAUAGUAGCAGAAGUUAUCAAAAACAGAAAUUCACCAAAUCCGUUUCAGCAACUUAUUCAAGUUUUCGGAAGGAGCGUGUGCCCAUCAGGUUCCACCUCCUCCGGCAAGGGUACCAACACCCCUUUGACACGGAUGUCGCCGUCAGGCGUUUUAAUUUUAUUACACCUGCGUUCGACAAGGAGGGCUCGCAGUCGAUUGCACUUCGUUAUGCCAGCCACGUUCGUGCCGACUGCAUUCAAUGA